UUGAACGUCACCUAUAAAUUAUGGGAAAAUCGGUUUGCACGAUUUUCGAAAUUCAACGACUGCAUCAUGGCAGACCCAGUGACCCUUUACUCCGGACCUUCAGAAGUUUUGGCAAAACUGAUGGCUUCCCGGUGUAAGUCGCUGGGUACUGUGAUAGAUCCGUUUUGCGGUUCCGGUGCGAUUGCGAUCCAACUGGCCAUGGUCUGCCGCAAAGUCAUUGCGAUGGACAGUGACCCGGUCAAAAUCGCGUUCGCCCGGAACAAUGUUUGUGUGUACGGGGUCGAAGACCGAAUCGCCUUCCUGGCGGGUGACUUCUUUGUGAAUGCUCACUCGAUGCAGAGGGCAGACGACAUCGUCACGUCACCACCAGUGAACAUGACUAAAGAGGAAAUGGUGAAGUUAACCAAAUUGGCAAGUAGAGUGGCGCCGAAAGUCUUAAUGAGGUUAACGAAGGACCAUGAAUUGUCAGAUCUGUACCAAUUAGAGAAUAAAAUAUUUAAUAAAAUUAAUACAGAACAAAUAUGUAUUGACAGGGAGUCAAAUUCAAUUUUGGCUUUCCUAGGUCCCGGAACGAAUACGAAUAAUUAUAACAGAAACGUGAAUAGGAUACAAAAGAAAGUGCUUUUGUUUUCUGAUGGAAUAUCUGUUAAAUGUCGUGUGCAUUGGAUAAGAGGUUAUAAUCUUUUUGCAUACGACGAUUACCUCAAAAACGUUGAAGAAUUCUUGAAGAGCCAAAAUCUCAACCGACAGACGAUUCCUCAACACAACCCAUUGUUUGAAAACAUUCAAAUCAGAUUAAAAGCUUCUUUUGAAAGCAAACCACUUGUCAAAGAUAAUGAUUCAAUAAAAUACAUCAAAAUGAAGAAGUUAACGCCAACUCACCGAAGAUGAAUUACAUAAUCAACGAUAUUGAAGAUGAC